AUGUCAACCGCAACCAAACGCCUCAUCGUCUUCGGCGGCAACGGCUUCCUCGGCUCCCGCAUCUGCCGCUCCGCCGUCGCCCGCAACUGGGAAGUCAUCUCCAUCAGCCGCUCCGGCCAACCCCACUGGCCCUCCUCCUCCCCACCCCCCUCCUGGUCCAGCUCAGUAACCUGGCAGAAAGGCGACAUCUUCAACCCCCAAUCCUACCUCCCCUUCCUCCCCUCAGCCACCCACAUAGUCCACACCCUCGGCAUCCUCCUCGAAGCAGACUACAAAUCCCUCCUCUCCGGCCGCCCCUCCCCCGCCAACCCCCUAGACCGCAAACCCGGCGACCCAACUCCCCUCAACACACGCAGACAGGUAACUUACGAAACCAUGAACCGCGACAGCGCCAUCCUCCUCGCAAAAGAGGCCGAAAAGGCAGGUGUGGAAGGCUUCGGGUACAUCUCCGCCGCUGCUGGAGCGCCAGUCCUACCCUCGAGAUAUAUCACCACCAAGCGGGAAGCAGAGGACAUUAUCCAACGCGAGUUUCCCAAACUGAGAUCGGUCUUCUACCGCGCGCCGUUCAUGUGGGAUAGUUCUAGGCCUGUGAGCCUGCCUAUUGCUGCCGGGGGCCUGGUCGCGAGCACGGUGGAUGGGCUCACGGGGGGGUUGCUCAGGGGGGUGCUGGGGGCGGCCGCAAUCAAACCUCUCAAGGUGGACUUGGUGGCUGAUGCGGUGGUGGAGGGGCUGGGUGACCAGAGUGUGAGGGGGGUUGUUGAACCAAAAGAGAUUGAGGAGUUGGGGACCAAGGGGUGGAGAAAGACGAUGCUUUAG